GCAAUAUUAAGAAGAAUAAAAAGAAAUAACAAUUCUUAAUGCUGUCGUACGCCAAUAUCGCAAGAUUUAAUCCUCACAGGAGUUCAGUUCCUCGCUUGUCAAGGGAAUCAACCCACACGUGUCUCGACUCAGUCCUCCUGAAGCUUCUUAUUUCGAUGAUUUCGAGGUUGCCCCUCCUGCUUCUCCCGCUGGCGGCCGCAGCCCUGGCGCAGCAGGCGCCGCCGGAGGGACCCCGCCCGUGGCCGACCGAUCACGGCGACCAACGGCGCCCCGACACCGGCAAGCGGGUCGGCUCCCCCGACCAGGCAUUCGGCCCAACUCAGGCUUCCUCCGGAUCGACCUUCCCCGAGGACGACUCACGCUGCAAGCAGCUCCCGAUUUACGAGGUGAAGGACCUCGCGCACACAAGGUCUUGCUCGGGUGACUGGGAGCACAGUGAUGAGAGGAAGGCUUUCGAGCCCGAGAUGGAAGGCGAGGCUCCCUUCCGCAGCCAAGAGGUCUUCACUCUGGUCCUGAACGUCAGCUGUACUCCGGGGACUCGCCAGCAUCCGCUCUGCUAUAGCUGCGUCUGUUCCAAGGAUUGUCCUCCGGCGGGCGAGGCUCAGACAGGCGCCGCGUCCGUCCAGGCCACAGUGGUCUCGCCUGAGGAGGCCAGGGCAAGCACUGACAAGAAGGCUACAUCCGGUAGGCGCAAAGGCCGGUCUCAUCACGAGCGAAGCAGUCGGACGAGCAAGGGCGCCGCCAGGUCGGCAAAGCAUGAGAGUUCUCAGAAAAACAAAAAAGGCAAAAGGGAUGCGCGAAAGAACCGCCAGCACAAGAGGAAGUGACGUGGCACGACCUUUAGUGCAUAAAUAAGGCGAACAAAGAUUCAAAAACAGUCAGUCUGAUUUACACGAGAGAUAGUUGACAGAAAGGCUUGAGUACUUAUAGUCUGAUAGAAGAAAAUAUCUACAUAAGAUUUAGUUUCCCUUGUAUACAGAGCACAUGGAGGGUUUUUAUUUUUUACGACAAUAUAGGUAAUAUGUCAGGAAAUUAUUUAUUGUAACAUCAGCAUGUAUCAUGAAUGCAAACCUAACAUAUUCACCUAGGUUAUUCGUGUUAUUUGUGUUCUAUUCCAUUUGUAAGGAUGAAUUUCUCAUGAGCGUUGUGCUUGCAUUAACCUUUAAGUUCCAAAUAUUUUACACUGUAAGAGAUCCCUAAAGUUUUCAUAGUAUGUCUAGCUUUAUAUGUUUUGUUUUUCAAUAAAAUUGUGAAAUUCU